AUGAAAAUACUCACCAAGUCGACGAGUAUUUAUGAAACAUUUUCCCCUCUAAGCAAAGUUCUUCAAUUUGUUGGAAUAAUUCCAUUUCGAGUGAACUCGGAAAGCUUCGAAGUUUCAGUAAAAUUUUGCGAUGUUUUUUGGAUGUUUAUGAUUUGGAUUCUUUGGCUGGUUUUUAUUGUGUACAAUUUCCUUCAAGAAUCUCAUCAUGGCGACGAUUCUGUAGAGUUACUGCUCAUGGCCUGGCAAUGGAUGCAAAUUUUCCAAACCAUUUCAUGCUUUUGCAUUCAAGUAAUAAACAUUCUAAGAAGAAAUCGAAUUGAAAAGCUUUUAAAACUUUUACAUGAAGUUGACGAAAUGGUAGAAAUUACAGAAUACUAA